AGGAGGCCAGGGCCUGGCAGCGGAGGAGGGCUGUGGAGGGGAGGGACCCGGGAGGGCAGCUGCAGGGAGCACCAGCUGGGACCUUCACUCCUGGGCAAGCUGGGAGGACUUCUGAGCUGGUGUCUGGCCGGCAGCUGCAGUCUGAGGACCCAGAUGCAGAAACGGAAGAGGACCCCUCUGUGACCGAAGGGCCGGUGGACGAGAUCGUCCGGCCGAGGCCACAGGGGUCCUCGCCGGUCUACGAAUGCACUGCUGAGGGUGCCGGCUUUGGACUCCCGGGGGAGGACACAAGGAGAAGGCGGGCUUCCUCGGGCUCGGGGGGUCGGAGGUCCUGGUGGAAGCGAGACUCGGGAGACUCUCGAACGUUUUCCAGGAUGAGUCGUCGGCAGUCCGUGCAGGAGGCGACAGAGGUGACGCUGAGGACAGACGUGGAGGCCGGAGCCAGCGGCUACAGCGUCACAGGGGGCGGGGACCGAGGGAUUUUCGUCAAGCAAGUGCUGAAGGACUCCUCCGCCGCCAAGCUCUUCAGCCUAAGAGAAGGUGAUCAGCUGCUCAGUGCAACCAUAUUCUUUGACAACAUUAAAUAUGAAGACGCUCUCAAAAUUCUUCAGUACUCAGAGCCUUACAAGGUUCAAUUCCAAGUCAGACGGAAACGUCCUGCCGCAGGGGAUGAGGAAGAGGUCUCCGGUGGCGCUCAGCCCGGCCGCAAGGACAGUGAGACGCAGGACAAAGAUGUCGCCGAUGGGUGCACAGAGACACCCACGAAGACUGUGGAAGGAAGUGGAGACAAGGAGAGACUGAUCUCCAAGCCCAGGGAGGGCAGGGGCAGGCCGUCCCAAAACGAGAGGCUCUCCUGGCCCAAAUUCCAGUCAAUAAAGACCAAGCCCAGGUCAGGGCCGCGGAGGUCACACAGCUCUUCAGAGGCCUGUGAGCGAGGACACCCACCUGACAUGUCCCCCACGAGCACAGACACAGAGGCCCAGCUCCCAACAGAGGAGCAGGAGCAGAAGGCAGGACCGGACGGCCAGCGGAGGAGAAGGUUCCUGAACCUGCGAUUCAGAGUGGGCUCAGGGAAGGGUCCAACACCGGGGGCGAGGCCGAGCACAGAGGUCCAGUCCGGGGUCCUAGAGGAGGCAGCAUCCUGGGAUGACAGCCAAGAGGGCGCCAAGGCCAGCACAGACAGGACGGUGGAGGGACCAGAGGGGACAUCAGCUCUCACUGCCCAGCAACCCGCGGAGCCAGGCCGCCCCAGCGAGGGAGCCUUGGGGGACGGGGCCAGCGUGGCACCCAGGCGCCGAAGAAAGACAAAGGAAGUGAAGGACCAGGUCGACUCUGUGUCAGACGGGAAACCCGGGAUGGACUCAGGUCCAAAGCCAGGUGGAGACGGCCACAGAGAAGCAGUCCAGGGCACAGAAACUGGGAUUGCCACAUCGGCUCUGCGAGGCAAAGUGGACACACAGGGCCGCCAGCUGGAGUUCCAAAUCCAAAUACCCGAUGUCAAAACGCCCAGCUUUGAAUUCUGCAAAGAAACAAUGCCAGACAGAGAAGCGGGCACAGCAGCACGACUGCAGGGACCCAGACACGGAGGUCCUACAGCAGAGGCCACGGGCAUGAAAGAGCAGCCUGACCACAGACCGAGGCCACAGGUGGCCGGAAAGCCUGCAGGGCCCCUGACAGAACGGGAGGAAGGAGGAGCAGAGGGAGCUGAGGCAGGGCACGGAGAGGCACACGCCGAAGACGGGGACACACACGCACAGGGCAGACAGGAAAGGAAAACUAGGUUCAAAUUCAAAACACCCUCAUUCGGGUGGUCUCCAGGAAAGGACAUAAAAUCAGGUCAGGAACAGGACAGAGAAAUGGAGGGCACGCUCACCACUCUGACCGAACAGACAGGUGCCAGAGUCAAACAGUCAGAACGCGAAAAAACAAAAUUAGACACACCUGAGCUAGACUCAGGAGCCACAGAGGGAGGAAGAGAGGGUGUUCAGACAACUCAAGCCGAUUUUACUCUGGGAGAAAGGGAGGUGGCCGCCAGAGACAGCAAGUUCAAAAUGCCCAGGUUCAAGAUGCCAUCUUUUGGUGCCUCCGUGCCAAGCAAGUCCUUGGAGGCCACGGUGGACGUGUCCCUGCCCAAGACCCAGGCGGAAGUGUCCCUGCCUUCCAUGGAAGCUGAGGUCAAGAGCAAUGAUGUGACCAUUGAGCUGCCAUCUGCUGACCUGGAACUCAAGACAUCCACGGUGGGGGAGAAGGUUCCAGAAGGCACAAUACCUGAAGGGGAGCUCCAGGAACCCUCGGCAGGCGUUGGAGUCAAAGGGCACCUGCCCAAGGUGCAAAUGCCCAGCAUGAAGAUGCCCAAAGUGGACUUUAAGACACCCCAGGUGGACACUAAGGGGCCCAAGGUGGGCAUCAAGGGGCCCAAGGUGGACCUGAAGGGCUCCAAAGGGGAGGUGAGCAUGCCAGACGUGGAUGUGACGCGACCGAGUGCAGAUGUGGACGUCCAGGCACCCACCGCCAAGUUGGAGGGUGACGUUACCCUGGGAGACAAGGAGGUGGCCGCUAGAGACACCAAAUUCAUAAUGCCCAAGUUCAAGAUGUCUUCCUUCGGUGCCUCGGCGCCAAGCAAGUCCUUGGAGGCCGAGGUGGACGUUUCCAUGCCCAAGAUCCAGGCGGGAGUGUCCCUGCCAUCCAUGGAAGCGGAGGUGAAGACCAGUGAUGUGACCAUUGUUCUGCCAUCUGCUGACCUAGAACUCAAGACUUCUACAGUGGGCCAGAAGCUCCCUGAUGUUCAGGUGCCUGAGGGAGAGCUCCAGGAGCCCUCAGCAGGGACCGGGUUCAAAGGGCACCUGCCCAAGGUGCAAAUGCCCAGCAUGAAGAUGGCCAAAGUGGACUUUAAGGCACCCCAAGUGGACAUCAAGGGGCCCAAGUUCGACAUGAAGGCCCCCCAGGUGGACAUCAAAGGGUCCAAGGUGGACCUGAAGGGCCCAAAAGGGGAGGUGAGUGCGCCCGACGUGGAUGUGACCCUGCCCAGCACAGAGGUGGACGUCCAGGCACCCAUGGCCAAGUUGGAGCGUGACGCUACCCUGGGAGACAAGGACGUGACCGCUAGAGACAGCAAGUUCAAAAUGCCCAAGUUCAAGAUGCCAUCCUUCGGUGCCUCGGUGCCAAGAAAGUCCUUGGAGGCCGAGGUGGACGUGUCCUUGCCCAAGAUCCAGGCGGAAGCGUCCCUGCCCUCCAUGGAAGCUGAGGUCAAGACCAGUGAUGUGACCGUUGAGCUGCCAUCGGCUGACCUAGAACUCAAGACUUCUUCGGUGGGCCAGAAGCUCCCUGAUGUUCAGGUGCCCGAGGGAGAGCUCCAGGAGCCCUCAGCAGGAGCCGGGUUCAAAGGGCACCUGCCCAAGGCGCACAUGCCCAGCAUGAAGAUGCCCAAAGUGGACUUUAAGGCACCCCAAGUGGACAUCAAGGGGCCCAAGUUCGACAUGAAGGCCCCCCAGGUGGACAUCAAAGGGCCCAAGGUGGACCUGAGGGGCCCCAAAGGGGAGGCGAGCACCCCUGACGUGGAAGUGACCCUCCCCAGUGUGCAUAUGGACGUCCAGGGACCCACCGCCAAGUUGGAGGGUGAUGUUAACCUAGGAGACAAGGAAGUGGCCGCUAGAGACAGCAAAUUCAAAAUGCCCAAGUUGAAGAUGCCUUCCUUCAGUGCCUCGGCGCCAAGCAAGUCCUUGGAGGCCACAGUGGACGUUUCUGUACCCAAGAUCCAGGCGGAAGUGUCCCUGCGUUCCAUGGAAGCUGAGGUCAAGACCAGUGAUGUGACCGUUGAGCUGCCAUCUGCUGACCUAGAACUCAAGACUUCUUCGGUGGGCCAGAAGCUCCCUGAUGUUCAGGUGUCCAAGGGAGAGCUCCAGGAGCCCUCAGCAGGAGCCGGGUUCAAAGGGCACCUGCCCAAGGUGCACAUGCCCAGAAUCAAGAUGCCCAAAGUGGACAUCAAAGCCCCCCAGGGGGAGAUCAAGGGGUCCAAGGUGGACAUCAAAGGACCCAAAGGGAAGGUGAGCGCCCCUGAUGUGGAUGUGACCCUGCCCAGUGUGGAGAUGGAUGUCCAGGCACCCACCACCAAGUUGGAGGGUGACGUUACCCUGGGAGACAAGGAGGUGACCGCUAGAGACAGCAAGUUCAAAAUGCCCAAGUUCAAGAUGCCAUCCUUCGGUGCCUCGGCUCCAAGCAAGUCCUUGGAGGCCGCGGUGGACGUUUCCGUGCCCAAGAUCCAGGCGGACGUGUCCCUGCCUUCCAUGGAAGCUGAGGUCAAGACCAGUGAUGUGACCGUUGAGCUGCCAUCUGCUGACCUAGAACUCAAGACUUCCACGGUGGGCCAGAAGCUCCCUGAUGUUCAGGUGCCCGAGGGAGAGCUCCAGGAGCCCUCAGCAGGAGCCGGGUUCAAAGGGCACCUGCCCAAGGUGCACAUGCCCAGCAUCAAGAUGCCCAAAGUGGACAUCAAAGCCCCCCAGGUGGACAUCACAGGGCCCAAGGUGGAUAUCAAAGGACUCAAAGGGGAGGUGAGCGCCCCUGAUGUGGAGGUGACCCUGGCCAGUGUGGAGAUGGAUGUCCAGGCACCCACCGCCAAGUUGGAGGGUGACGUUACCCUGGGAGACAAGGAGGUGACCGCUAGAGACAGCAAGUUCAAAAUGCCCAAGUUCAAGAUGCCAUCCUUCGGUGCCUCGGCGCCAAGCAAGUCCUUGGAGGCCGCGGUGGACGUGUCCCUGCCCAAGAUCCAGGCGGAAGUGUCCCUGCCCUCCAUGGAAGCUGAGGUCAAGUCCAGUGAUGUGACCGUUGAGCUGCCAUCUGCCAACCUAGAGGUCAAGACUGCCAUGGGGGGCAUGAAGCUUCCAGAAGGCCAAAUCCCUGAAGGGGAGCUCCAGGAACCCUCGGCAGGAGCCGGAGUCAAAGGGCACCUUCCCAAGGUGCACAUGCCCAGCAUUAUGAUGCCCAAAGUGGACUUUAAGGCACCCCAAGUGGACAUCAAGGGGCCCAAGUUCGACAUGAAGGCCCCCCAGGUAGACAUCAAGGGGCUCAAGGUGGACCAGAAGGGCCCAAAAGGGGAGAUGAGUGCGCCCGACGUGGAUGUGACCCUGCCCAGCGCAGAGGUGGACGUCCAGGCACCCAUGGCCAAGUUGGAGGGUGACGUUACCCUGGGAGACAAGGAGGUGGCCACUAGAGACAGCAAGUUCAAAAUGCCCAAGUUCAAGAUGCCUUCCUUCGGUGCCUCAGCACCAAGCAAGUCCUUGGAGGCCGCGGUGGACGUUUCUGUGCCCACGAUCCAGGCGGACGUGUCCCUGCCUUCCAUGGAAGCUGAGGUCAAGACCAGUGAUGUGACCGUUGAGCUGCCAUCUGCUGACCUAGAACUCAAGACUUCCACGGUGGGCCAGAAGCUCCCUGAUGUUCAGGUGCCUGAGGGAGAGCUCCAGGAGCCCUCAGCAGGAGCCGGGUUCAAAGGGCACCUGCCCAAGGUGCACAUGCCCAGCAUCAAGAUGCCCAAAGUGGACAUCAAAGCCCCCCAGGUGGACAUCACGGGGACCAAGGUGGAUAUCAAAGGACCCAAAGGGGCGGUGAGCGCCCCUGACGUGGAUGUGACCAUGCCCAGUGUGGAGAUGGAUGUCCAGGCACCCACCACCAAGUUGGAGGGUGACGUUACCCUGGGAGACAAGGAGGUGACCGCUAGAGACAGCAAGUUCAAAAUGCCCAAGUUCAAGAUGCCAUCCUUCGGUGCCUCGGCGCCAAGCAAGUCCUUGGAGGCCGCGGUGGACGUGUCCCUGCCCAAGAUCCAGGCGGAAGUGUCCUUGCCCUCCAUGGAAGCUGAGGUCAAGUCCAGUGAUGUGACCGUUGAGCUGCCAUCUGCCGACCUGGAGGUCAAGACUGCCAUGGGGGGCAUGAAGCUUCCAGAAGGCCAAAUCCCUGAAGGGGAGCUCCAGAAACCCUCGGCAGGAGCCGGAGUCAAAGGGCACCUGCCCAAGGUGCACAUGCCCAGCAUUAAGAUGCCCAAAGUGGACUUUAAGGCACCCCAAGUGGACAUCAAGGGGCCCAAGUUCGACAUGAAGGCCCCCCAGGUGGACAUCAAGGGGCUCAAGGUGGACCAGAAGGGCCCAAAAGGGGAGGUGAGUGUGCCCGAUGUGGAUGUGACCCUGCCCAGCACAGAGGUGGACGUCCAGGAACCCACGGCCAAGUUGGAGGGUGACGUUACCCUGGGAGACAAGGAGGUGGCCACUAGAGACAGCAAGUUCAAAAUGCCCAAGUUCAAGAUACCAUCCUUCGGUGCCUCAGCACCAAGCAAGUCCUUGGAGGCCGCGGUGGACGUUUCUGUGCCCACGAUCCAGGCGGAAGUGUCCCUGCCUUCCAUGGAAGCUGAGGUCAAGACCAGUGAUGUGACCGUUGAGCUGCCAUCUGCUGACCUAGAACUGAAGACUUCCACGGUGGGCCAGAAGCUCCCUGAUGUUCAGGUGCCUGAGGGAGAGCUCCAGGAGCCCUCAGCAGGAGCCGGGUUCAAAGGGCACCUGCCCAAGGUGCACAUGCCCAGCAUCAAGAUGCCCAAAGUGGACAUCAAAGCCCCCCAGGUGGACAUCACGGGGACCAAGGUGGAUAUCAAAGGACCCAAAGGGGCGGUGAGCGCCCCUGACGUGGAUGUGACCAUGCCCAGUGUGGAGAUGGAUAUCCAGGCACCCACCGCCAAGUUGGAGGUUGACGUUACCCUGGGAGACAAGGAGGUGACCGCUAGAGACAGCAAGUUCAAAAUGCCCAAGUUCAAGAUGCCAUCCUUCGGUGCCUCGGCGCCAAGCAAGUCCUUGGAGGCCGCGGUGGACGUGUCCCUGCCCAAGAUCCAGGCGGAAGUGUCCCUGCCCUCCAUGGAAGCUGAGGUCAAGUCCAGUGAUGUGACCGUUGAGCUGCCAUCUGCCGACCUAGAGGUCAAGACUGCCAUGGGGGGCAUGAAGCUUCCAGAAGGCCAAAUCCCUGAAGGGGAGCUCCAGGAACCUUCGGCAGGAGCCGGAGUCAAAGGGCACCUGCCCAAGGUGCACAUGCCCAGCAUGAAGAUGCCCAAAGUGGACUUUAAGGCACCCCAGGUGGACAUCAAGGCGCCCAAGUUGGACAUCAAAGGACCCAAGGUGGACCUGAAGGGCCCCAAAGGGGAGGUGAGCACCCCUGACGAGGAAGUGACCCUGCCCAGUGUGCAGAUGGACGUUCAGGGACCCACUGCCAAGCUGGAGGGUGACGUUACCCUGGGAGACAAGGAGGUGACUGCUAGAGACAGCAAGUUCAAAAUGCCCAAGUUCAAGAUGCCUUCCUUCGGUGCCUCGGUGCCAAGCAAGUCCUUGGAGGCCGCGGUGGACGUUUCCGUGCCCAAGAUCCAGGCGGACGUGUCCCUGCCUUCCAUGGAAGCUGAGGUCAAGACCAGUGAUGUGACCGUUGAGCUGCCAUCUGCUGACCUAGAACUGAAGACUUCCACGGUGGGCCAGAAGCUCCCUAAUGUUCAGGUGCCUGAGGGAGAGCUCCAGGAGCCCUCAGCAGGAGCCGGGUUCAAAGGGCACCUGCCCAAGGUGCAGAUGCCCAGCAUCAAGAUGCCCAAAGUGGACUUUAAGGCACCCCAAGUGGACAUCAAGGGGCCCACGUUCGACAUGAAGGCCCCCCAGGUGGACAUCAAGGGGCUCAAGGUGGACCAGAAGGGCCCAAAAGGGGAGGUGAGUGCGCCCGACGUGGAUGUGACCCUGCCCAGUGCACAGGUGGACGUUCAGGCACCCACGGCCAAGUUGGAGGGUGACGUUACCCUGGGAGACAAGGAGGUGUCCGCUAGAGACAGCAAGUUCAAAAUGCCCAAGUUCAAGAUGCCUUCCUUCGGUGCCUCAGCACCAAGCAAGUCCUUGGAGGCCGCGGUGGACGUUUCUGUGCCCAAGAUCCAGGCGGAAGUGUCCCUGCCUUCCAUGGAAGCUGAGGUCAAGACCAGUGAUGUGACCGUUGAGCUGCCAUCUGCUGACCUAGAACUCAAGACUUCCACGGUGGGCCAGAAGCUCCCUGAUGUUCAGGUGCCCGAGGGAGAGCUCCAGGAGCCCUCAGUAGGAGCCGGGUUCAAAGGGCACCUGCCCAAGGUGCACAUGCCCAGCAUCAAGAUGCCCAAAGUGGACAUCAAAGCCCCCCAGGUGGACAUCACGGGGACCAAGGUGGAUAUCAAAGGACCCAAAGGGGCGGUGAGCGCCCCUGACGUGGAUGUGACCAUGCCCAGUGUGGAGAUGGAUGUCCAGGCACCCACCACCAAGUUGGAGGGUGACGUUACCCUGGGAGACAAGGAGGUGACCGCUAGAGACAGCAAGUUCAAAAUGUCCAAGUUCAAGAUGCCAUCCUUCGGUGCCUCGGCGCCAAGCAAGUCCUUGGAGGCCGCGGUGGACGUGUCCCUGCCCAAGAUCCAGGCGGAAGUGUCUCUGCCCUCCAUGGAAGCUGAGGUCAAGUCCAGUGAUGUGACCGUUGAGCUGCCAUCUGCCGACCUAGAGGUCAAGACUGCCAUGGGGGGCAUGAAGCUUCCAGAAGGCCAAAUCCCUGAAGGGGAGCUCCAGAAACCCUCGGCAGGAGCCGGAGUCAAAGGGCACCUGCCCAAGGUGCACAUGCCCAGCAUUAAGAUGCCCAAAGUGGACUUUAAGGCACCCCAAGUGGACAUCAAGGGGCCCAAGUUCGACAUGAAGGCCCCCCAGGUGGACAUCAAGGGGCUCAAGGUGGACCAGAAGGGCCCAAAAGGGGAGGUGAGUGUGCCCGACGUGGAUGUGACCCUGCCCAGCACAGAGGUGGACGUCCAGGAACCCACGGCCAAGUUGGAGGGUGACGUUACCCUGGGAGACAAGGAGGUGGCCACUAGAGACAGCAAGUUCAAAAUGCCCAAGUUCAAGAUACCAUCCUUCGGUGCCUCAGCACCAAGCAAGUCCUUGGAGGCCGUUUCUGUGCCCACGAUCCAGGCGGAAGUGUCCCUGCCUUCCACGGAAGCUGAGGUCAAGACCAGUGAUGUGACCGUUGAGCUGCCAUCUGCUGACCUAGAACUCAAGACUUCCACGGUGGGCCAGAAGCUCCCUGAUGUUCAGGUGCCUGAGGGAGAGCUCCAGGAGCCCUCAGCAGGAGCCGGGUUCAAAGGGCACCUGCCCAAGGUGCACAUGCCCAGCAUCAAGAUGCCCAAAGUGGACUUUAAGGCACCCCAGGUGGACAUCAAGGCGCCCAAGUUGGACAUCAAAGGACCCAAGGUGGACCUGAAGGGCCCCAAAGGGGAGGUGAGCACCCCUGACGUGGAAGUGACCCUGCCCAGUGUGCAGAUGGACGUUCAGGGACCCACUGCCAAGCUGGAGGGUGACGUUACCCUGGGAGACAAGGAGGUGACUGCUAGAGACAGCAAGUUCAAAAUGCCCAAGUUCAAGAUGCCUUCCUUCGGUGCCUCAGCACCAAGCAAGUCCUUGGAGGCCGCGGUGGACGUUUCUGUGCCCACGAUCCAGGCGGACGUGUCCCUGCCUUCCAUGGAAGCUGAGGUCAAGACCAGUGAUGUGACCGUUGAGCUGCCAUCUGCUGACCUAGAACUCAAGACUUCCACGGUGGGCCAGAAGCUCCCUGAUGUUCAGGUGCCUGAGGGAGAGCUCCAGGAGCCCUCAGCAGGAGCCGGGUUCAAAGGGCACCUGCCCAAGGUGCACAUGCCCAGCAUCAAGAUGCCCAAAGUGGACAUCAAAGCCCCCCAGGUGGACAUCACGGGGACCAAGGUGGAUAUCAAAGGACCCAAAGGGGCGGUGAGCGCCCCUGACGUGGAUGUGACCAUGCCCAGUGUGGAGAUGGAUGUCCAGGCACCCACCACCAAGUUGGAGGGUGACGUUACCCUGGGAGACAAGGAGGUGACCGCUAGAGACAGCAAGUUCAAAAUGCCCAAGUUCAAGAUGCCAUCCUUCGGUGCCUCGGCGCCAAGCAAGUCCUUGGAGGCCGCGGUGGACGUGUCCCUGCCCAAGAUCCAGGCGGAAGUGUCCUUGCCCUCCAUGGAAGCUGAGGUCAAGUCCAGUGAUGUGACCGUUGAGCUGCCAUCUGCCGACCUGGAGGUCAAGACUGCCAUGGGGGGCAUGAAGCUUCCAGAAGGCCAAAUCCCUGAAGGGGAGCUCCAGAAACCCUCGGCAGGAGCCGGAGUCAAAGGGCACCUGCCCAAGGUGCACAUGCCCAGCAUUAAGAUGCCCAAAGUGGACUUUAAGGCACCCCAAGUGGACAUCAAGGGGCCCAAGUUCGACAUGAAGGCCCCCCAGGUGGACAUCAAGGGGCUCAAGGUGGACCAGAAGGGCCCAAAAGGGGAGGUGAGUGUGCCCGAUGUGGAUGUGACCCUGCCCAGCACAGAGGUGGACGUCCAGGAACCCACGGCCAAGUUGGAGGGUGACGUUACCCUGGGAGACAAGGAGGUGGCCACUAGAGACAGCAAGUUCAAAAUGCCCAAGUUCAAGAUACCAUCCUUCGGUGCCUCAGCACCAAGCAAGUCCUUGGAGGCCGCGGUGGACGUUUCUGUGCCCACGAUCCAGGCGGAAGUGUCCCUGCCUUCCAUGGAAGCUGAGGUCAAGACCAGUGAUGUGACCGUUGAGCUGCCAUCUGCUGACCUAGAACUCAAGACUUCCACGGUGGGCCAGAAGCUCCCUGAUGUUCAGGUGCCUGAGGGAGAGCUCCAGGAGCCCUCAGCAGGAGCCGGGUUCAAAGGGCACCUGCCCAAGGUGCACAUGCCCAGCAUCAAGAUGCCCAAAGUGGACAUCAAAGCCCCCCAGGUGGACAUCACGGGGACCAAGGUGGAUAUCAAAGGACCCAAAGGGGCGGUGAGCGCCCCUGACGUGGAUGUGACCAUGCCCAGUGUGGAGAUGGAUAUCCAGGCACCCACCGCCAAGUUGGAGGUUGACGUUACCCUGGGAGACAAGGAGGUGACCGCUAGAGACAGCAAGUUCAAAAUGCCCAAGUUCAAGAUGCCAUCCUUCGGUGCCUCGGCGCCAAGCAAGUCCUUGGAGGCCGCGGUGGACGUGUCCCUGCCCAAGAUCCAGGCGGAAGUGUCCCUGCCCUCCAUGGAAGCUGAGGUCAAGUCCAGUGAUGUGACCGUUGAGCUGCCAUCUGCCGACCUAGAGGUCAAGACUGCCAUGGGGGGCAUGAAGCUUCCAGAAGGCCAAAUCCCUGAAGGGGAGCUCCAGGAACCUUCGGCAGGAGCCGGAGUCAAAGGGCACCUGCCCAAGGUGCACAUGCCCAGCAUGAAGAUGCCCAAAGUGGACUUUAAGGCACCCCAGGUGGACAUCAAGGCGCCCAAGUUGGACAUCAAAGGACCCAAGGUGGACCUGAAGGGCCCCAAAGGGGAGGUGAGCACCCCUGACGAGGAAGUGACCCUGCCCAGUGUGCAGAUGGACGUUCAGGGACCCACUGCCAAGCUGGAGGGUGACGUUACCCUGGGAGACAAGGAGGUGACUGCUAGAGACAGCAAGUUCAAAAUGCCCAAGUUCAAGAUGCCUUCCUUCGGUGCCUCGGCGCCAAGCAAGUCCUUGGAGGCCGCGGUGGACGUUUCCGUGCCCAAGAUCCAGGCGGACGUGUCCCUGCCUUCCAUGGAAGCUGAGGUCAAGACCAGUGAUGUGACCGUUGAGCUGCCAUCUGCUGACCUAGAACUGAAGACUUCCACGGUGGGCCAGAAGCUCCCUAAUGUUCAGGUGCCUGAGGGAGAGCUCCAGGAGCCCUCAGCAGGAGCCGGGUUCAAAGGGCACCUGCCCAAGGUGCAGAUGCCCAGCAUCAAGAUGCCCAAAGUGGACUUUAAGGCACCCCAAGUGGACAUCAAGGGGCCCACGUUCGACAUGAAGGCCCCCCAGGUGGACAUCAAGGGGCUCAAGGUGGACCAGAAGGGCCCAAAAGGGGAGGUGAGUGCGCCCGACGUGGAUGUGACCCUGCCCAGUGCACAGGUGGACGUUCAGGCACCCACGGCCAAGUUGGAGGGUGACGUUACCCUGGGAGACAAGGAGGUGUCCGCUAGAGACAGCAAGUUCAAAAUGCCCAAGUUCAAGAUGCCUUCCUUCGGUGCCUCAGCACCAAGCAAGUCCUUGGAGGCCGCGGUGGACGUUUCUGUGCCCAAGAUCCAGGCGGAAGUGUCCCUGCCUUCCAUGGAAGCUGAGGUCAAGACCAGUGAUGUGACCGUUGAGCUGCCAUCUGCUGACCUAGAACUCAAGACUUCCACGGUGGGCCAGAAGCUCCCUGAUGUUCAGGUGCCCGAGGGAGAGCUCCAGGAGCCCUCAGUAGGAGCCGGGUUCAAAGGGCACCUGCCCAAGGUGCACAUGCCCAGCAUCAAGAUGCCCAAAGUGGACAUCAAAGCCCCCCAGGUGGACAUCACGGGGACCAAGGUGGAUAUCAAAGGACCCAAAGGGGCGGUGAGCGCCCCUGACGUGGAUGUGACCAUGCCCAGUGUGGAGAUGGAUGUCCAGGCACCCACCACCAAGUUGGAGGGUGACGUUACCCUGGGAGACAAGGAGGUGACCGCUAGAGACAGCAAGUUCAAAAUGCCCAAGUUCAAGAUGCCAUCCUUCGGUGCCUCGGCGCCAAGCAAGUCCUUGGAGGCCGCGGUGGACGUGUCCCUGCCCAAGAUCCAGGCGGAAGUGUCUCUGCCCUCCAUGGAAGCUGAGGUCAAGUCCAGUGAUGUGACCGUUGAGCUGCCAUCUGCCGACCUAGAGGUCAAGACUGCCAUGGGGGGCAUGAAGCUUCCAGAAGGCCAAAUCCCUGAAGGGGAGCUCCAGAAACCCUCGGCAGGAGCCGGAGUCAAAGGGCACCUGCCCAAGGUGCACAUGCCCAGCAUUAAGAUGCCCAAAGUGGACUUUAAGGCACCCCAAGUGGACAUCAAGGGGCCCAAGUUCGACAUGAAGGCCCCCCAGGUGGACAUCAAGGGGCUCAAGGUGGACCAGAAGGGCCCAAAAGGGGAGGUGAGUGUGCCCGACGUGGAUGUGACCCUGCCCAGCACAGAGGUGGACGUCCAGGAACCCACGGCCAAGUUGGAGGGUGACGUUACCCUGGGAGACAAGGAGGUGGCCACUAGAGACAGCAAGUUCAAAAUGCCCAAGUUCAAGAUACCAUCCUUCGGUGCCUCAGCACCAAGCAAGUCCUUGGAGGCCGUUUCUGUGCCCACGAUCCAGGCGGAAGUGUCCCUGCCUUCCACGGAAGCUGAGGUCAAGACCAGUGAUGUGACCGUUGAGCUGCCAUCUGCUGACCUAGAACUCAAGACUUCCACGGUGGGCCAGAAGCUCCCUGAUGUUCAGGUGCCUGAGGGAGAGCUCCAGGAGCCCUCAGCAGGAGCCGGGUUCAAAGGGCACCUGCCCAAGGUGCACAUGCCCAGCAUCAAGAUGCCCAAAGUGGACUUUAAGGCACCCCAGGUGGACAUCAAGGCGCCCAAGUUGGACAUCAAAGGACCCAAGGUGGACCUGAAGGGCCCCAAAGGGGAGGUGAGCACCCCUGACGUGGAAGUGACCCUGCCCAGUGUGCAGAUGGACGUUCAGGGACCCACUGCCAAGCUGGAGGGUGACGUUACCCUGGGAGACAAGGAGGUGACUGCUAGAGACAGCAAGUUCAAAAUGCCCAAGUUCAAGAUGCCUUCCUUCGGUGCCUCGGCGCCAAGCAAGUCCUUGGAGGCCGCGGUGGACGUUUCCGUGCCCAAGAUCCAGGCGGACGUGUCCCUGCCUUCCAUGGAAGCUGAGGUCAAGACCAGUGAUGUGACCGUUGAGCUGCCAUCUGCUGACCUAGAACUGAAGACUUCCACGGUGGGCCAGAAGCUCCCUGAUGUUCAGGUGCCUGAGGGAGAGCUCCAGGAGCCCUCAGCAGGAGCCGGGUUCAAAGGGCACCUGCCCAAGGUGCACAUGCCCAGCAUCAAGAUGCCCAAAGUGGACAUCAAAGCCCCCCAGGUGGACAUCACAGGUCCCAAAGUGGACAUCAAAGGACUCAAAGGGGAGGUGAGUGCCCCUGAUGUGGAUGUGACCCUGCCCAGUGUGGAGAUGGAUGUCCAGGCACCCACCGCCAAGUUGGAGGGUGACGUUAACCUGGGAGACAAGGAGGUGACCUCUAGAGACAGCAAGUUCAAAAUGCCCAAGUUCAAGAUGCCAUCCUUCGGUGCCUCGGCGCCAAGCAAGUCCUUGGAGGCCGCGGUGGACGUGUCCCUGCCCAAGAUCCAGGCGGAAGUGUCCCUGCCCUCCAUGGAAGCUGAGGUCAAGUCCAGUGAUGUGACCGUUGAGCUGCCAUCUGCCGACCUAGAGGUCAAGACUGCCAUGGGGGGCAUGAAGCUUCCAGAAGGCCAAAUCCCUGAAGGGGAGCUCCAGGAACCUUCGGCAGGAGCCGGAGUCAAAGGGCACCUGCCCAAGGUGCACAUGCCCAGCAUGAAGAUGCCCAAAGUGGACUUUAAGGCACCCCAGGUGGACAUCAAGGCGCCCAAGUUGGACAUCAAAGGACCCAAGGUGGACCUGAAGGGCCCCAAAGGGGAGGUGAGCACCCCUGACGUGGAAGUGACCCUGCCCAGUGUGCAGAUGGACGUUCAGGGACCCACUGCCAAGCUGGAGGGUGACGUUACCCUGGGAGACAAGGAGGUGACUGCUAGAGACAGCAAGUUCAAAAUGCCCAAGUUCAAGAUGCCUUCCUUCGGUGUCUCAGUGCCAAGCAAGUCCUUGGUGGCCGCGGUGGACGUUUCUGUGCCCAAGAUCCAGGCGGAAGUGUCCCUGCCUUCCAUGGAAGCUGAGGUCAAGACCAGUGAUGUGACCGUUGAGCUGCCAUCUGCUGACCUAGAACUUAAGACUUCCACGGUGGGCCAGAAGCUCCCUGAUGUUCAGGUGCCCGAGGGAGAGCUCCAGGAGCCCUCAGCAGGAGCCGGGUUCAAAGGGCACCUGCCCAAGGUGCACAUGCCCAGCAUCAAGAUGCCCAAAGUGGACAUCAAAGCCCCCCAGGUGGACAUCACAGGGCCCAAAGUGGACAUCAAAGGACUCAAAGGGGAGGUGAGCGCCCCUGAUGUGGAUGUGACCCUGCCCAGUGUGGAGAUGGAUGUCCAGGCACCCACCGCCAAGUUGGAGGGUGACGUUACCCUGGGAGACAAGGAGGUGACCGCUAGAGACAGCAAGUUCAAAAUGCCCAAGUUCAAGAUGCCAUCCUUCGGUGCCUCGGCGCCAAGCAAGUCCUUGGAGGCCGCGGUGGACGUGUCCCUGCCCAAGAUCCAGGCGGAAGUGUCCCUGCCCUCCAUGGAAGCUGAGGUCAAGUCCAGUGAUGUGACCGUUGAGCUGCCAUCUGCCGACCUAGAGGUCAAGACUGCCAUGGGGGGCAUGAAGCUUCCAGAAGGCCAAAUCCCUGAAGGGGAGCUCCAGGAACCCUCGGCAGGAGCCGGAGUCAAAGGGCACCUUCCCAAGGUGCACAUGCCCAGCAUUAAGAUGCCCAAAGUGGACUUUAAGGCACCCCAAGUGGACAUCAAGGGGCCCAAGUUCGACAUGAAGGCCCCCCAGGUGGACAUCAAGGGGCUCAAGGUGGACCAGAAGGGCCCAAAAGGGGAGAUGAGUGCGCCCGACGUGGAUGUGACCCUGCCCAGCACAGAGGUGGACGUCCAGGCACCCACGGCCAAGUUGGAGGGUGACGUUACCCUGGGAGACAAGGAGGUGUCCGCUAGAGACAGCAAGUUCAAAAUGCCCAAGUUCAAGAUGCCUUCCUUCGGUGCCUCAGCGCCAAGCAAGUCCUUGGAGGCCGCGGUGGACGUUUCUGUGCCCAAGAUCCAGGCGGAAGUGUCCCUGCCUUCCAUGGAAGCUGAGGUCAAGACCAGUGAUGUGACCGUUGAGCUGCCAUCUGCUGACCUAGAACUCAAGACUUCCACGGUGGGCCAGAAGCUCCCUGAUGUUCAGGUGCCUGAGGGAGAGCUCCAGGAGCCCUCAGCAGGAGCCGGGUUCAAAGGGCACCUGCCCAAGGUGCACAUGCCCAGCAUCAAGAUGCCCAAAGUGGACAUCAAAGCCCCCCAGGUGGACAUCACAGGGCCCAAAGUGGACAUCAAAGGACUCAAAGGGGAGGUGAGUGCCCCUGAUGUGGAUGUGACCCUGCCCAGUGUGGAGAUGGAUGUCCAGGCACCCACCGCCAAGUUGGAGGGUGACGUUAACCUGGGAGACAAGGAGGUGACCUCUAGAGACAGCAAGUUCAAAAUGCCCAAGUUCAAGAUGCCAUCCUUCGGUGCCUCGGCGCCAAGCAAGUCCUUGGAGGCCGCGGUGGACGUGUCCCUGCCCAAGAUCCAGGCGGAAGUGUCCCUGCCCUCCAUGGAAGCUGAGGUCAAGUCCAGUGAUGUGACCGUUGAGCUGCCAUCUGCCGACCUAGAGGUCAAGACUGCCAUGGGGGGCAUGAAGCUUCCAGAAGGCCAAAUCCCUGAAGGGGAGCUCCAGGAACCUUCGGCAGGAGCCGGAGUCAAAGGGCACCUGCCCAAGGUGCACAUGCCCAGCAUGAAGAUGCCCAAAGUGGACUUUAAGGCACCCCAGGUGGACAUCAAGGCGCCCAAGUUGGACAUCAAAGGACCCAAGGUGGACCUGAAGGGCCCCAAAGGGGAGGUGAGCACCCCUGACGUGGAAGUGACCCUGCCCAGUGUGCAGAUGGACGUUCAGGGACCCACUGCCAAGCUGGAGGGUGACGUUACCCUGGGAGACAAGGAGGUGACUGCUAGAGACAGCAAGUUCAAAAUGCCCAAGUUCAAGAUGCCUUCCUUCGGUGUCUCAGUGCCAAGCAAGUCCUUGGUGGCCGCGGUGGACGUUUCUGUGCCCAAGAUCCAGGCGGAAGUGUCCCUGCCUUCCAUGGAAGCUGAGGUCAAGACCAGUGAUGUGACCGUUGAGCUGCCAUCUGCUGACCUAGAACUUAAGACUUCCACGGUGGGCCAGAAGCUCCCUGAUGUUCAGGUGCCCGAGGGAGAGCUCCAGGAGCCCUCAGCAGGAGCCGGGUUCAAAGGGCACCUGCCCAAGGUGCACAUGCCCAGCAUCAAGAUGCCCAAAGUGGACAUCAAAGCCCCCCAGGUGGACAUCACAGGGCCCAAAGUGGACAUCAAAGGACUCAAAGGGGAGGUGAGCGCCCCUGAUGUGGAUGUGACCCUGCCCAGUGUGGAGAUGGAUGUCCAGGCACCCACCGCCAAGUUGGAGGGUGACGUUACCCUGGGAGACAAGGAGGUGACCGCUAGAGACAGCAAGUUCAAAAUGCCCAAGUUCAAGAUGCCAUCCUUCGGUGCCUCGGCGCCAAGCAAGUCCUUGGAGGCCGCGGUGGACGUGUCCCUGCCCAAGAUCCAGGCGGAAGUGUCCCUGCCCUCCAUGGAAGCUGAGGUCAAGUCCAGUGAUGUGACCGUUGAGCUGCCAUCUGCCGACCUAGAGGUCAAGACUGCCAUGGGGGGCAUGAAGCUUCCAGAAGGCCAAAUCCCUGAAGGGGAGCUCCAGGAACCCUCGGCAGGAGCCGGAGUCAAAGGGCACCUUCCCAAGGUGCACAUGCCCAGCAUUAAGAUGCCCAAAGUGGACUUUAAGGCACCCCAAGUGGACAUCAAGGGGCCCAAGUUCGACAUGAAGGCCCCCCAGGUGGACAUCAAGGGGCUCAAGGUGGACCAGAAGGGCCCAAAAGGGGAGAUGAGUGCGCCCGACGUGGAUGUGACCCUGCCCAGCACAGAGGUGGACGUCCAGGCACCCACGGCCAAGUUGGAGGGUGACGUUACCCUGGGAGACAAGGAGGUGUCCGCUAGAGACAGCAAGUUCAAAAUGCCCAAGUUCAAGAUGCCUUCCUUCGGUGCCUCAGCGCCAAGCAAGUCCUUGGAGGCCGCGGUGGACGUUUCUGUGCCCAAGAUCCAGGCGGAAGUGUCCCUGCCUUCCAUGGAAGCUGAGGUCAAGACCAGUGAUGUGACCGUUGAGCUGCCAUCUGCUGACCUAGAACUCAAGACUUCCACGGUGGGCCAGAAGCUCCCUGAUGUUCAGGUGCCUGAGGGAGAGCUCCAGGAGCCCUCAGCAGGAGCCGGGUUCAAAGGGCACCUGCCCAAGGUGCACAUGCCCAGCAUCAAGAUGCCCAAAGUGGACAUCAAAGCCCCCCAGGUGGACAUCACGGGGACCAAGGUGGAUAUCAAAGGACCCAAAGGGGCGGUGAGCGCCCCUGACGUGGAUGUGACCAUGCCCAGUGUGGAGAUGGAUAUCCAGGCACCCACCGCCAAGUUGGAGGUUGACGUUACCCUGGGAGACAAGGAGGUGACCGCUAGAGACAGCAAGUUCAAAAUGCCCAAGUUCAAGAUGCCAUCCUUCGGUGCCUCGGCGCCAAGCAAGUCCUUGGAGGCCGCGGUGGACGUGUCCCUGCCCAAGAUCCAGGCGGAAGUGUCCCUGCCCUCCAUGGAAGCUGAGGUCAAGUCCAGUGAUGUGACCGUUGAGCUGCCAUCUGCCGACCUAGAGGUCAAGACUGCCAUGGGGGGCAUGAAGCUUCCAGAAGGCCAAAUCCCUGAAGGGGAGCUCCAGGAACCUUCGGCAGGAGCCGGAGUCAAAGGGCACCUGCCCAAGGUGCACAUGCCCAGCAUGAAGAUGCCCAAAGUGGACUUUAUGGCGCCCCAGGUGGACAUCUAUGCGCCCAAAUUGGACAUCAAAGGACCCAAGGUGGACCUGAAGGGCCCCACAGGGGAGGUGAGCGCCCCUGACGUGGAAGUGACCCUGCCCAGUGUGCAGAUGGACGUCCAGGGACCCACUGCCAAGCUGGAGGGUGACGUUACCCUGGGAGACAAGGAGGUGGCCGCUAGAGACAGCAAGUUCAAAAUGCCCAAGUUCAAGAUGCCUUCCUUCGGUGUCUCAGUGCCAAGCAAGUCCUUGGUGGCCGCGGUGGACGUUUCUGUGCCCAAGAUCCAGGCGGAAGUGUCCCUGCCUUCCAUGGAAGCUGAGGUCAAGACCAGUGAUGUGACCGUUGAGCUGCCAUCUGCUGACCUAGAACUCAAGACUUCUUUGGUGGGCCAGAAGCUCCCUGAUGUUCAGGUGCCUGAGGGAGAGCUCCAGGAGCCCUUAGCAGGAGCCGGGUUCAAAGGGCACCUGCCCAAGGUGCACAUGCCCAGCAUCAAGAUGCCCAAAGUGGACAUCAAAGCCCCCCAGGUGGACAUCACAGGGCCCAAAGUGGAUAUCAAAGGACUCAAAGGGGAGGUGAGCGCCCCUGAUGUGGAUGUGACCCUGGCCAGUGUGGAGAUGGAUAUCCAGGCACCCACCGCCAAGUUGGAGGGUGACGUUACCCUGGGAGACAAGGAGGUGACCGCUAGAGACAGCAAGUUCAAAAUGCCCAAGUUCAAGAUGCCGUCCUUCGGUGCCUCGGCGCCAAGCAAGUCUUUGGAGGCUGCGGUGGACGUGUCCCUGCCCAAGAUCCAGGCGGAAGUGUCCCUGCCCUCCAUGGAAGCUGAGGUCAAGUCCAGUGAUGUGACCGUCGAGCUACCAUCUGCUGACCUAGAACUCAAGACUGCCAUCGUAGCCGACAAGCUCCCGGGGAUCGAUAUGCCCGAGGGGGAGCCCCAGGAACCCUCGUCAGGGGCCGGACUCAAAGGGCACGUGCCCAAGGUGCACAUGCCCAGCGUGAAGAUGCCCAAGGUGGACUUUAAGGCGCCCCAGGUGGACAUCAAGGGCCCUAAGUUGGAUGUGAAGUCCGCCGGAGGGGAGUUGAGCGCCCCCGACAUGGAUGUGACCCUUCCCAGCGUGGACGUCGACGCCCGGUCUCCAAGGACUAAGUCAGAUGUGGAUAUGUCCUCUCGGAACCUGGAACUGUUUUCUAAAGGAAGCAAGUUGAAGUUUCCUAAAAUCAACAUUUCUUCUUCUGGUCACCCCAGUAGUAAGUCCUCUCUGGUCUCUCCACCUGUUGAGGGAAUUGCCAAAGAUGUUGACCUCAGUCCUUCUUCUGGCCCCAUGCAUCCCGUCGUACGCACUCGUGAUGAGGAUGCCGUCACAGUCAAAGGUGACGUAGGUCUCUCAAUUGGGAAAGAUGGAGGUCGAAGCAAAAGCAAAAAAUCCCAUUUUAAACUCCCCAAAGUCUUUUCUCCACCUGGGAAAACCCCUAAAGUGUUCUUAGCUUUUGGCGGAGAAGUUGCCAUGCGUUCGCCUCCGAGCGAGUCUGCGCAUGGCGGGUCCCCGGGGCUGUCCAGUACUUCUGAAACUUCCCUGCCGGAGUCCCGGCCCGGCUGGCUCAGUGGUCCCCGUGGGGAUUCCUCUAGCCUCAUUCCGGGUGAGGACGUCACACUUACAAAGUACCAGGUGACCAUCCCCCGUGACCCCGCCUCCCCCGAGCUGCCCUGUGUAGGCCUGUCUGGGUCCCAGGCGGAGUCUCAGUUGCCCAGCGUGGCCGGUGCCGUGGACUCCCCAUCCAGCGAGAAUAUUCUCCUGUCCCGGCCUGAUGGCCACAGUGGCCCAGUGCACACCGUAUUUCCUGAAUCUUAUGGCCGCGUGACUUUUCCUAAAUUUCAUCGACCAAAGUUCCAACUGUCAUCCCCCCAAUCAGCAGGUGGCAUGGCGGAGCCCGGAGCUGCAGAGGGUGUCCCCGCCCUGUCCCCUCCCCUCCCUGAGUGGGGACCACACUCCUCGGCCAGGGAAGCCACGGGGUUCCCCUUGCCAGGCAGUCAGUUGCCGUCUGCAGGUGUCUCUGUGUCCACGGUGGCAGAGGGACAUGUGGGCACCGCGGGGACAUCAGCAGUGGCUGGAGGGGAAGCCCCGGCCGGAGACGCGGAGCCUGAGGGGAGGGGCGGUCCUGUGAGAGCACCAAGAGUCAAGCUUCCCUCUUUCUGCCGGUCCCCCCAAAAGGGGGAGGAGUCCAAAGCAGCCCCUGGAGCCGCCCCGCCACCGGGGGUUUCCUUGCCACCAGCAGCAGCAGGUGAGGAUGUGAGUCUUGGGCAGGAGGGAGAGAAGGGGGUGGUCAGAGCACCCGCCCUCGCCCUACUGAAGGUCUCACCUCCCACAAUGACGGCUUCCACAGGAGGGACCGGCGGAAGUGGCGGGGGCGGGGGUGCAGGUGCAGCAGCUGGGCCCCCAGAAGGAGCGGACGUGACCCUCCACCCCACACAGGCCCACGCUCCCGGUGCCGGCUUCGUCGAAGAGGCGCUCAGACCCGCCGAGGCCCCGCCGGAGGCGAGCCUGUCCACCCGUGGCCCGUCCCUCGGAGACAGCAGCAGAGAGCACGGUCUCGGGGACGGCUCGCAAAGCCAGCUUUGUGGGGAGGUGAUGGCCCCCUCAACAGAGGUCCCCCUGCAGCCGUCCCGGACAACCCCAGAUGCCGCCUCCUCCACGGAGGGGAGCCCAGCGCGGGAGGCGCCAGCGGGAGUCACCCCGGCCGGCCCCAGGGAGAGCUGGUUUAGAAUGCCCGCGCUGCGUCUGCCCAGCUUCAGGCGCCCCUCCAAGGAGAGGCCUGCGUCUGCAGCGCUGGGGGCUCAGGGGCCCGCGCCUGCCACCAGUGCGCCAGGGGAGGGACAGGCACCGACCACAGUCCGGAGUCAGGGUGUCCCUGUUCCUGAGUCCGAGGAGGAGACGACUAAGUGCCCGCGGCCCCUGGAGGCCGGUGGCGACGUGGGAGCCACUGGCAUCGAGGCUUCUGACACAGACGUUCCGCAGAGGAAUCUAGACCUUCAGGCCCCUGCUGCCGGCAUGUCCACUCCCGAGGUCAGGGUCCGGCCAGGCGCAGGCUCCCUGCCCCUCCGGGUGUGCGGGACACUCGCAGAGCCCCACGGGCCUCCAGGAGAAGCAGUCCAGCGCCCCCUUGCUGGGACAGCAGCAGCGCAGGACCCGGCCGGGGGCCCUGAGGAGCCGCCUCCCCAGCCCGAAGGCCCUCUCAGACUGAGGGCCUCCAGUACCGACGUGCCGUCCCAGGUUUCCGUGGUCAACGUGGGUCAAGUCUGGGAGGACUCUGUGCUCACUGUCCAGUUCCCCAAGUUAAAGGUUCCGAGGUUCAGCUUCCCAGCCCCCAGCGCGGAGGCUGAUGUUUUCGUGCCCCGUGUCAGAGAGCUGCCGUCCCCACAGAGCCAUCCUGACACUGCCCUGCUCGGGCAAAGCCCCGGCGCCCGGGACGCCGGCGUCCUGAAGGCGCCCGAGGCCGUCUCCUCAGAAGCCGCCUCCAUCUGUAAGGUCAGGGUGCACAUUCAGAGCGCGGAGGCCGAGAGCAGGCAGGUCACCGUACAAAGCACGGUGACAGCCAUGUACACGGAGCUCUCGGAGCCCCAGGCUCUUCCUGCCCGGAUCGUGCGGGAGUCAGAGGUCCCUGCGUCAGAGGCCCAAACGCCUUCCUACGGGUUCUCCUUACUCAAGGGGAGGGUCCCUGAGCCCACCGCUCGGUCGCAGGCACACGCGGUGACUGCGGACCCUGGGCCAAGAGGGCGCCUUCACGAGCCAGACCCAGGAGCAGGACCUGUUUCUGGAGACCCGCAGCCUGACACCGGAGAGCCCUUUGAAAUUCUCUCUCCCGAUGGAGACGUGCCGGGAAUGCCAGCCUGCUCUUCUGACCUCCACUCUGGCCAUGGGCCUGCAGACAGCUGUUCUGACGAGGAGCCCGCGGAAAUUCUCGAGUUCCCGCCAGAAGAGGGCCGGGAGGCGGCGGCUGCCCCGGCAGAGGAGGACGGGGCCCCCAGAGCGAAAGCAGAAGGUAAAAGGUCCUCCGGCCUGUUCCGGUUUUGGCUCCCCAGCAUCGGGUUUUCUUCCUCUGUCGCCGAGGCCAGCACUGACCCCCAGGCCGAAGCCCCGAGACCCGCUCCGGUCCAGACGCAGCCCGAGGCGCGGCCGCCGCACCCGCAGGAGAGAGCGGGCUGGUUCCGAUUGCCCAGGUUGGGCUUCUCCUCGUCUCCCAGCAAGAAAUGCAAGAGCGCGGAGGCGGAGGCGGGUCCGGCCGAGCAGCGCCUCCAGGAAGAGGCAGGCACCUUCUUUGACGCCCGAGAAGGCUUCUCCCCCGAGGAGCAGGAAGAGGGGGGGUCGGCGGAGGCCGCGGGCUCCGGGGCGAUGGUGGCCUCCGCGGCGAGAACCGAGCUGAUCCUGCUGGAGGGGGACGGAGCCGCCAGCCGGGCCCCGGAGCCCAGGCCCGGCAGCGAAUGAGGGCCGGGCAGGGGAGACCCUUCCCCGGAGGACGGGCGCCCAAACGAAAUCCCGAGGCAGAGGCCCCGCCACGCACGGGGCUCCCGUCCCGCGGCCCACGGGACUGAGGCGCAGGGCGGCGGUGCCCGGACGGACGUGGCCCUCCGGGGCGGGAGCCCUGUGGGGACCCCCGGGGUAGCGGGGCCGCGGAGGGUGUAGAAGUAGUUUCGCUGUCCUGUGGCCCCUGUCUGGUCCCGCCCCGUCUCAGGUGGAGUCUGGCGCCUUCCAGGAAGCCCCCCCCCCCCACCUGCUUGCCUGUCACGAGCUCACUCCCGGCCUCACCCAGGCGAGCUUGGGGACGACACGCGACACACGCACGCGGGGCAGAGGGAGGUGGCUGCGGGCGGGUGAGCCAGCCGAGGGGGCACCCGUCCGUGCCUGCACGGCCCCGCGCGGUCCCCGAGCCCCUUCGCGCACACGCUGCCACCAGGCCUCCCGCGGAAGCUCCCUGGCUGUCCCCAGAUGGGCAAUAAAGGACAGGAUGCACCCACA